GAUGCGGCCAUUGAAACUAUAGCCAGUAGUGCAAGGAAUAUUGCAUUGCUGAUGGAGGUGGGCUGUAGAACAAUUCGGAUUCAUAAGUAUGCCGUACGGUGAUAGUGCAUUUGAAUCAUCGUAAUCAGUUCUGAUCAGCCUUGAUACAGGAGCAUACCGUUGGUUCUGAUUGGGCAAAGAUGCCGAAUUUCGCUGGUUGGUGGCAACCGGUGACACUCGCGGCCACUGCGUGGAUAAUUUGCUGUCUCAGCAUCAGUGGAACCAGUGGUUCCACGGAAGCUAUCGAUUGUGCUCAUGGCUACCAGGGUAACAAUUCGGAGUUGAUACUGAGGGAUGCGCUUCUCUGCGGAACCGGAUACGAUAUUCGAAAAAGACCGGUGAAAAAUCAGCAGGAUCGUGUGGCUAUGUAUAUUGGAGCGAAAGUCAUGAGUGUUGAGCUGGUGCAUAACUCCAACGCGAGACUGGAAAUAACUGUUGAGUUAUCAAUGCAAUGGUUCGAUGCGUAUCUCCACUGGAACAAAAAGGAACACGCGGACAUCAAUACUCUUUCGAUCACAGAGCAGGAGAUUUGGUUGCCAAAGCUGGCAGCGAAGUCUUUGCUAAAAUCACGCACUCAGGGUGGCAGCCACUGUUUUCAGGUCAAAUGUCAUCUAAGCUUCAACGGCGAGGUGAUGUACUCUAUGCUGUGCACUUAUGGCGUGGACUGUUUCGAUAAUUCGCGUCAUUGGGCGUUCGAAACGAAAAACUGUCCGCUGAGGAUUUUUACGCCGGAUUACGAUAUCAACCAGCUUUCGUUGUUUCAUUUUCAGCGUCGACUGUCGUAUGCAGUGUCUGGGGUGCUGCCCUAUAAGAUAACCUCAUUUCAAAUGGCAAUUGUCAAUAACACGGUGCACCCGGAGUUCAGGAUGGACAUAAUCGUGGAGCGAUUGAUCGGUCCGCAUUUGGUUGUCUUUUUCAUAUUUAUUAUCAUAUUGUUUAUUUUAAAUUUAGUAAUCACUUGGUUGAGAAUUGAUAGUUCCAUUCGAGCGGUAAUUACAUUCGCCUCUUUGGCACUACAUUGUGCCUACACUUGCAUACUGUAUUGGUACGCCAGUACUAGGAUGGAACCAGCGCUAAAGUUAGCUCAUCUAUUGCUGGGAUCAUUACUCUGGACGUUCGCUUUAGUCGGAUUACUAGCUUACUCAGAAAAAAUGUCAAAACGUGACUGUACCGGUGUUCCUCACUUUCUUCGGAAUAUUUAUCGAACGCUUUCCAGAAUUGCCAGCAUUAAACCAUUUCUGCAGUUGGGCUAUAUCAACCUGGAGGAUCCUCUGAUAAAACCAACCACGGAAAGCUCCGAGGCACGAAUGACCAACCACGUGACCGAAGAGCAAUCGAUGCCACCACUGCCUUCCCCACCGACCCAGGAUACUUCUAUCGAGCAGGCAGAUUCUGACGAGGAAGUCGAUCCAAGCGACGUCAAGUGGAGCGUGUUUUUGCAACCUUUCGAUCGUAUCGUCUUUUGCGGAAUUGCGACAACCUACGUGUUCAUGCUGAUGGUGCUGUUUCUGGCGUGAGUUCGUUCAAUCUAGCCGGAGUAGCAUGCGAUGGAGGAAAGACGGGCUCACAGCUCAAUUGAAUGCAAUGUAAUAAAACCAAUAAACAAUAAGGAAAUUUCCCAUGUUUGUCACUAGCUAGGAAUAGGAAGAUUACUAGACCACAUCCACAGGCGGGGAAUGUUCAUUGAUUAGUGGCUGCUGAGAGCAGCAUAACUAGUGAUGGUAUGGAACCAGUCACUUCCGUUCAGAAAUUAAUGUGUUCGGUGCUAGCUUUAGUGUUUGCAAACGGCCGAAAAUUUAGUUUUAUUACGACAUUAAAAGAUCGUUCCAACUA